GGGUUGGGGGGGAUUUUUGUUUUUUUGUAUUUUUGGUGGUCGAAUCACUAUAAAGAUGAUUAAUUUGUGUUCGAAUCCACUUUAUGGGUUGUCUGUCAACAGAAGUGUAAUCAGCUCGCGUGGUAGUCGAAUCGGCAAUCGGUGGAAUCGUAUUGUGCUAACCGGGUGCCCACUAGUAGUGUUGUGGGACACGUCUCGCUGUGCUUAAGUGAAUGAAUGAAUAUGUAAGGGAGGAAACUACUGAAAUAUUCAGAAUUGGCUCCAAUAUGGAUUACAUCCCUUUACCCUCUGAGAAAAAGGAAAACAAAAGUAGACCAAACAGAUACUGUUAUAUUCGAAGCAAACGAGAUGAUCACUCCUCUUUUUUUGUUUUCCUUCACACUUGGAAUUCAUCAACAAGUGCAAGCUUGUGGUGGUGAAUAUAAUGCUUCGUACGGUUCCAUUACGUCACCAUUGUACCCGAGUCAGUACCCGCCUGAUCAGGAUUGUGUUUACAUAAUCAGAGCACCAACAGGAUAUCGGAUAACCUUGACAUUUCUAAGCUUUGAGCUGGCAGCUGAUAUUAUUGACUGUAAGCAGGACUAUCUACAGAUUAGAGAUGGCGGCUCAGGGACGUCUCCAUCUUUGGGUAUCUACUGCAACACCACAGGGUACACCAGACGAUCGACAUCAAACACCAUGUGGAUCAGAUUCCGUUCUGACUCGUCUCAGUCCGCAGGUGGCUUCCAUGCGAGCUACACUGCAGCCAUCAUCCCCUAAAGUUUCUCCUUGUUACCGCAUCUCUGCUAUCGGGGUAUCUGGGUGUUCACAACAUAGACAUCGACACGACCACCAUUAAUGAAAUUCCUCUCAAUGGACUACGAGACCCUACUGCUGUUGACUACGACCC